AUGUCUGAAAUAAGAUUCAGCAACCUCACUUGGCAUCAAGUUAUAACACUGGAUCAAGUAUUAGGUGAAGUAAUUCCAAUUCAUGGAAGGGGACAUUUUCCCACAUUGGAGGUAAAACCAAAAGAUAUCAUUCAUGUUGUAAAAUAUCAACUCAUAGAGCAAGGAAUUAUUGUUAAAGAUACCCGAUUGAAUGGUUCCACAGCAAGUUACAUACUUGCAAGUCAUAAUGGAAUCAGCUAUAAGGAUCUGGAUAUCAUUUUUGGUGUCAAACUUCCAAGUGAUCAAGAAUUUCACGUUGUAAAAGAUACAGUUCUAGGUUGUUUACUCGACUUUUUACCAAAAGGUGUAAAAAAAGAGAAGCUCACCCUAAAUAUUAUGAAAGAGGCUUAUGUUCAGAAGAUGGUCAAAGUUUGCAAUAAGCCUGAUCAUUGGAGUCUCAUCUCUCUUUCAAAUAACACUGGAAAGAAUGUAGAACUAAAGUUUGUGAAUUCACUCAGAAGACAAUUUGAAUUUAGUGUAGAUUCCUUUCAAAUUAUUUUAGAUCCCAUGUUAGACUUCUACAGUGACAAAAAUGCUAAGCUAACCAAAGAAUCCUAUCCUGUUGUGGUAGCUGAAAGCAUGUAUGGAGACUUCCAAGAAGCAAUGACACAUUUGCAAUACAAGCUUAUAUCUACCAGAAAACCUGAAGAGAUAAGAGGUGGUGGCCUUCUUAAGUACAGCAACUUGCUAGUUCGUGACUUCAAGCCAGCUUGUGAAAGAGAAAUCAAGAACCUGGAACGUUAUAUGUGUUCUAGAUUCUUCAUUGAUUUUCCUGAUGUAACAGAACAGCAAAAGAAAAUUGAAUCUUACCUCCGCAACCAUUUCAUAGGUGAAGAAAGGAGCAAAUAUGACUACCUUAUGACCUUGCGUGGAGUUGUGAACCAAAGCACUGUUUGUCUCAUGGAACAUGAAAGAAGACAGACUCUCAACAUGAUCACAUAUAUGGCUUUAAAAGUACUUGGAGAACAGAAUAUUCUUCCCAAUACAGAAAAUGUAACUUGCUUUUAUCAUCCUGCCCCAUACUUUAAUGCUCAGGGAGGGUACCCAAUAUAUUAUGAAACAUCUGAGCCACCACCCAUUUUCUUCCAUCCAUACCAUCCGCUGUACUUUGAUGUGCAAAAUGAUGUGGUUCAAAAAGCACACAUAUAA